AUUUGGCACAUAAACUAGUGUGUAAUGAAGAAGUGGAGCCCUAUGCUUGGUACGAGGUGGGACGAGUUUUCCGAGGCAUGGCAGUUGUUUAUUCAUUCAUCGACACUGAUGUCUUUGCAACAGAGGUGGAAUGCCAUGUGUAGAGAGUUUGAGCAAUACUCCAAUGCCAUACAAUACCUUUGGGAUACAUGGUUAGGUCCUUACAAAGAGCUAUUUGUUGCAGCAUAUAUAAACCAAUUUAUGCACCUCGGGAGCAAUUCAAGCCAAAGGGCGGAGUCUGCGCAUGUGAGGCUCAAACGAUACUUGGGAGAUACCAUGUCCUCGCUUCAAACAUCUUUUCAAAAAAUAAAAGAUGUUGACCAAUCAGUUCGGGGAUAUUCAAGGGUCGUUCCAGAAAUCUCUCAACAUUCCACGACACAUACAUCUUCAUGA